ACAGCUUCACCAUUAGUGUGGGCUGAUGGACUUUGAGAUUAGGCUGUCGGCUCUGACGACACCCCCGACGUCGGCCUCGGUGUAGAUGCAGGAAGCCUCUGUCAAGAGCUUUGGUGCCCUGAUCCUCACAGCUGCCCGGGGCGCGGAUUGCGCCGCCACGCCUGCCCUUCAGCGCCAGCUCUCGUCCAUUUCCUUGUUUACCCGGAAAGUGCUGCCUUUACCUCCCCAAAUGCGCCGGGCUGCGUGCAAUGGCUUUUAUAAGGAAGAAAGAGCGUCCCAAAGAGAGGUUUUCCCUAUUGCUACUCGACCUAGAGGAGUAUUAUUUUGAGCAACACACGGCAUACAAUGUGAUCAGUAACGGUACAAACCAGAAAAGGAGAAUAAGAGGAUCACUGAAGAUCUGCUCUAAAUCCAUCAUUUUUGAGCCAGAACCAGCCGCUGAACCGAUUUUAAAGAUACCGCUUAGAGACUGCAAAUUAAUUGAAGGAGUUGAAGAGAAUGACCAAAACCCUUUUAAUGAAAGCAAGCUGGUCGGACUCUCCAUUGCUUGCAAACAGGUGUUUCUCAUUAAGGAGAGCAACAUUGUUGCCCCCUACAGGAUUGAGCGGGGGGACCAGAGAUUCUUCUUUCAACUCGAUCUGUCGAGGAAAACAGAGGAUGUCAUCCAAACGUUGCUCCAGCUACACAGAGCAUCGUGCCUCAACAAACUUGGAGACCAGACCGCCAUGAUCGCUGCCAAUCUGCAGUCUCGGCUAGCACGCACAUCAUUUGAUAAGAACAGCUUCCAGAGUGUCUCAGAAAAACCUCAUAUGGAAUGCGAGGCUGAGAUGGUAACGCCGCUGGUCACCAAUCCAGGACACGUAUGCAUCACAGACCAGAACCUCUACUUUCAGCCUCUCAAUGGCUACCCGGAGCAGGUGGUGAAAAUCAUGCUUCACAGUGUCAGGAGGAUCUACAAGCGACGGCAUGGCCUGAGACCCCUGGGACUUGAAGUGUUCUGCUCUGAAAAUGACCUCUGCUCAGACAUCUACUUGAAGGUUUACAACACCAAGGACAGGGAUGAACUCUACUACUACAUCGCUACCUUCUUGGAGAACCACAUGGUGGAGCAGACGGCUGAGAGCUACAUGCUGCAGUGGCAAAGGGGCCACAUCAGUAACUACCAAUACCUGCUGCACCUGAACAACCUGGCAGACCGCAGCUGCAACGACCUGUCGCAGUACCCCGUCUUCCCCUGGGUCAUCGCCGAUUACACCAGUACUGAGUUAGACUUGAGGAAUCCAGCAAGUUUCCGGGACCUGAGCAAGCCAGUGGGGGCUCUGAACAAAGAGCGUCUGGAGCGGCUUCUGGCUCGUUACCGGGACAUGCCGGACCCCAAGUUCAUGUACGGCAGCCACUACUCCUCUCCGGGCUACGUGCUCUUCUACCUAGUCCGAGUGGCUCCGGAGUACAUGCUGUGUUUACAGAAUGGCCGAUACGACCACGCCGACCGCAUGUUCAACAGCAUAUCGGAAACUUGGAAAAACUGCUUAGAGGGUGCCACUGACUUCAAGGAGUUAAUCCCAGAAUUCUAUGGGAAUGACGCCAGCUUCCUGGAGAACAACCUGAACCUCGAUCUAGGGAAGCGACAGGGAGGGAGGAUGGUGGGGGAUGUGAGCAUGCCCCCCUGGGCCUCAGACACCAGAGACUUCCUCCAGAAAUGCCAGCAGGCCCUGGAGAGCCAGUACGUCUCGGAGCACCUGCACGAGUGGAUCGACCUGAUCUUUGGCUACAAGCAGAGGGGGAGCGAGGCUAUAGGCGCCCACAAUGUCUUUCAUCCAUUGACAUAUGAAGGAGGGAUCGACUGUGACAGUAUCGAGGACCCUGAUCAGAAGAUCGCCAUGCUGACGCAGAUACUGGAGUUCGGACAGACCCCCAAGCAGCUGUUCACCACCCCCCACCCCCAGAGGAUCAUGCCCAGAUUCCAGAGCAUGUCUCGCACCCCCAGCCAGAACGCUUCCCUCAGUGAGCUUUCACCAGCCUCCAUCAGCGAGGACUCGUCUUUUGAAGACCUGACAGAAGAGAGCAGGAAGAUGGCGUGGAACCACAUGAGCAAGCUGAAGAUGGUGGCCGACCACAAGAUUCACAAAGAGGCCAUAACGGGCAUCGCAGUAACUCGUGCAGGACUCUCCGUUUUCACGUCGUCUCAAGACUCGACGUUGAAGAUGUUCUCCAAGGACUCCAGCAGCUUACAGAGAAGCAUCUCCUUCUCCAACAUGGCACUGUCAUCCUGCCUCAUCCUCCCAGAAGAUGCGACAGUGGUGUGCUCAUCCUGGGACAACAACGUCUAUUUCUACUCGAUAGCUUAUGGGCGACGGCAGGACACCAUCAUGGGCCAUGACGAUGCCGUGAGCAAAGUGUGCUGGAAGGAGAACCGGCUCUACACAGCGUCCUGGGACUCUACUGUGAAGGUGUGGCGCUGCAUCGCCGCCGAGGUAUCGAGCAGCAGGAGGGGCCCCUUCGAGUUGCUGGCGGAGCUGGAGCAUGACGCAGGGGUAAACACAAUUAGCCUCAAUCAAGCGGGAACGUUAUUGGCCUCCGGUACGAAGGAGGGGGCAAUCAGCAUAUGGGACACCUCAAACUCCUCGCUGGUGCAUCAGAUCCAGUGCCACUCUGGAAAGAUCCAUGACAUCGCAUUCAGUCCUGACAGCAGACACGUGCUGAGUUCGGGUGAGGACUGCUCCCUGAAGGUCGUGGACGUGCAGACCGGCAUGCUUCUCUCGUCCGUGGCUGCAGAUGAACCUCAGAGGUGUUUCUGCUGGGACGGAAACACGGUCCUGUCAGGGGGGGGGACGGGCGACCUUCUCGUGUGGGACAUCAUGGCCGGGAGGGUCACGCACAGAAUCCCCGGACAUUCAGGCCCGGUGACAGCCAUGUGGAUGAAUGAACAAUGUAGCAGCAUCAUCACAGGAGGCGAAGACAAGCACCUCAUCUUCUGGAAACCCCAGUAUUGAUGAGUCCCAGACUGUCAUAUCCCAUCAUCCUUCAGGACCGUGUUUUAAAACAGACAAAUCAGGUGUACCGCUUGAUGAAAUAGGCUGUAUUAAGUCACUGCAGAAGUGUUAAUCUACAGCUUUAAAAUGAAGAAUUUAUAUAAAACAUGUAACAGAUAGAUACUUGACACAUAAAAGCAUACUUAAUUUUAUUUUCAAUGAUUCCCAAGUAACUUGCACUAAAUUGCGGUCAAUAUGAUGUGCGCAGUGUUGUUCCUACAGAAACCGUUUGUUUGUUUUUUCAUUGUAUUUUGUUCAGUUUUGUGAGUUCUGUUUGGUUUCGUUUGGCUUCGUUUGGUCCUGUUGAGCUUUCCUCUGCUUGAAGUGUGCCUUAAUUUCCGUUAAAAACGAUCCUCAGAGGGAGAGGGAGAGGGUGAGGGUGAGGGUGGGGGGCGGGGUUACACCUUUUUCCGUGAAGGAUAUUAUCAGAAUAAGUCCGAAUAAAAGCCUUUAGAGCUUUAGCAUCCAGUGGAGUAACACUGCUCCUCUCUUUUUACUGGCAUAAAUGCUUAUUAAAUUAACAGUAUGUACGUAAAGACAGGAUUAGGAGGCAGUAAUAUUUUAUUUCCCAUGCUUAACUAGUUUUCUAGACAAGAUCUCUGCCUACAGGGUUGUUCUUACUUUUGUUUUAUAUGAAACUUUGUUGCCACCAGAAGUUUAUGGCUUUAAAAUGACAAGGUUACAAUCUUACGGUGUAGGGUGUGUAGCUCUGGAUGAGGUGACAAUCCUCCUAUCCCACGGUACGCCAUUCGGAAAAUCCCAAUUUCCCGUCAUUACGCACGUAAAGAAAAGUUACUGAAUUUAUAGAUGAAUACUUAACUAUCUGUUUGUUUGCAGGAGUGGUAAUGUCAUUCUCACAUUAGCUAAUUAACGUCAGAUUUAGGUGUGCCAGCUUUUAAUCCACUGAGAAUUUAAGUAAACAAAUAAAUACCGCCAUUGUUUGCUAACUGCAUUGAUGUUUAAUGCUGUUCAGCUGUGCCUGUUAAGUAGAUCAGAUGCCUUUCAGUAAACACUGACUAACCAUGAGUGUGUUUUGCCAGCUUCCAUACUGUCAUUAUGCAUGCUAAGGCUGAGCUGGUAUUUUUUGGAAUGAACGUGAAACAUCUGACCAUUGUCCUAGCAGUGCAGUCCGCAGUGGGUUGAGCACUGCAGUUUGACCAUAUAUAUCACUGUCAGCUGAACAAAAAUGAGUUUUCCUAUACCUAACUGUAUGACUAGAACUAGUUCACUAAACAACAAUAUUGAAUUUCGACUAAACGCUGGAUAAAAUGAAUCAACCACAAAGCAACAUCAGACUUUGGAAAGGUAAUCGUCUGCGGUAGAUGAAUGAGUCAGAAAUAUUUGUGGAAGGGCUUCAACGUGUUGCUGCAUAUCACUGUAUAUAAAUAUACAUAUAAAUAUAUUCUGUCUUCUGCUGAGUUUCAGUAUCAGUUUCCAGAUGGCGUGGGUUGUGUAUUUUAUAAAUGAUGUAAUAUAAACUCUGGGGCACCGUGCUGGAGUCUUCAUGCUUAUUCUAACAGGGCCCCAUAUACAUGCUUAAUAAAACUUUGAUGCCUGUGAAUUAAACAGAAACACAGGUAUUUGUC